AUGAGCAAGCGCGUAUCGCUGGACAUGAUCAAGCAUAUUUCUCAGCAAGCUGCCAGUGUUAUCCGCAUCGAUGGCGAGUCGCCCAACCCGUCUCCGUCGACUAGUCUGCCAUCUCCACCUCAAACCCCAGUGAAGGAGGAUUCUGCAACAGCGCUUGGGCUCCCGACUCUGGACGACUUCAUUAUUAGGUUAGUAAAGGCGUCUAACGUGCAGGUCUCGACUCUUCUGUCGACCUUGGUGUUCUUGGAGCGGCUUCGAUCAAAGCUGCCACCGAUGGCUAAAGGUAUGCCUUGUACACGGCACCGAGUCUUUCUGGCUACGCUUAUUGUCACCGCCAAGUAUCUGAACGACUCUUCACCCAAGAACAAGCAUUGGGCGGCGUACGCUGGAGUCUUCCAACUCGACGAGAUCAACCUCAUGGAAAAACAGCUCCUCUUCCUCCUGGACUACGAUCUGCGGUUCUCAGAAGAAGACGCAUGCACCCACUUUGCGCCCUUCAUGGCUGCCUCAUCUACAAUCGUCGACGCCAAGGCUCGCGCGAGCGCCGUGGAUAAAGUUUCUCGGGCCAGCAAAGUUCGCGCACAGGCUCAAGUUGCUGCUCUUCCUACGCCUGCCUCGGAAGUUCCUCUACCUGCGCCUACCCCUAGUUCUGGAAAGCCAACGAUCAGUACCGUCAAGCUGUCCACCAACUCCAAUUUACGGCCGCCUUCGCUUGUUCACAGCUCUCAUAGCAGCCUCAGCAGCCGAAGUUCUGGUGCUGGAUCUCUCAUCGACGACUCUGGAUCCUCUUCCUCCUCGUCUGGUUGGCUCAGCAGCGAGGAUGAGUGCUCUGACGUGGAAACUGUUGAUACUGAAUACGAAGUCGGUUCGGUUCACUUUGAAGAGCAACAAGGUAUCAAACCUUUUGUCGUGGCUCGCCCCAUCCCCCGAUAUGGAUCAAAGAACCAUACGUAUCAGCAAAUUUCGGAGUGCCGUCUGCGCAAGCCAUCUGACACGGGAUCCGUUAUGACCGUCACAAACUCUCCAGCAACUAACAGGGGAACUCGAUCUAAACGGGCUACCUCUAUCUCUGGUGUUCUCGGCGAGCGCAAGUCCUUCGCAAGCUUGACGACAAGUACCACGCUCCCCAGUCUUCCUCGAGGCACGUCUGGAGGGUUCCUUAGUCGCAUGUGGGGCGCUGCAAAGGGACAAGAAAGCAAGGCGCACCCCGCCGACGCCGCCUUGUCGGGACAAACUCACGGACAUGUGCAGAGCACGUUUCGCCGACUUGUGACUUCUAAUUCUCGCCCGAGAAUUUUCGCAUCGGCAAACCAGAUCAUUGAUGUUUAG